AUUCUUCGCAUCUUCCCACCAUUAGACGCUGACUGCGCAUGAGGACAGAAGUACAAGAUGAACUCGCUGGUGAAAUGGACGCUUCUUGUCUUGGUCCUGGUCUCGGUUUUGGUCAACAUGAUUUUGAUUGGCAUGAUCUCCAGCAGGGUGCCCGCGUGUUCCACUCAGCGUGUUCAUCCUCUCAAAGGCAAACAUGAUGAGCGCAGCCGCGUGUUUGCUGAUUUGACUCGUGAGGAGUACCUGCAGGUCCAGCAGUACAUGGUCCAGCAGAAGGACUUGGACAUCAGGACCAGGCAGCUCACCAAGCCGUCUGAUAACUUCCUGUUCUUAAUCGAGCUCUCUAUGCCCAGGAAAGCCGAUGUGUUGGCCUACUUGGACGGGUUGGGUCCUGAGCCGGUGCGUGAAGCCACUGUAGUGGUUUUCCACGGAUCCAAGGGCCAUAUUAAGGAGUAUGUGGUGGGGCCUCUGCCUAAGCCCACGUACCACAAGGACGUUACCAAGAUGAAGUACAAGACUGAGCUCCCCAUCACCGCGCGUACUGUAACCGUUGGGGAAUACCACUUUCUGACAAAGUUUUUGAAAGAUCAGCUCUCAAAGAUGGGGGACAUCAUUAAGGAGAGCUUCGGCAACAAAACACUCAACCCCUUCGAGCAAAUGCCCCGCGGAAUCCAAUCCGGAGACAGAAAAACAUGGGUGUCUUUGUUCAGGAACUUCAGCGGUAUGUACAUCCACCCGGUAGGUUUGGAGAUGCUCAUCAACCACGAGAGCUUAAAUGCCUCCUACUGGACGGUAGAGAAGCUUCUGUACAACGGCCAGUACUUUGACACCGUGGAAGAACUCAAGCAGAAAUACGCGGCAGGUUCUGUGAAAAGAAUCGUUUACAAGGAGGCUGCCGAGUAUGACUCUCUGAUACCCAAGAACAAACCUCUGCAGCUCAGCCCCAUGCAGUUUUACGCAGAAGGGAAACGUUUCAGCGUCAGCGGCAACCACGUCCUCUACCUGGACUGGAGCUUUGCUUUCGGACUGAGUACCCUCACUGGUAUGAGGGUCUUUGACGUGCGCUUUAAGGGAGAGAGAAUUGUGUACGAGCUGAGCGUGCAAGAAGCCAUGUCCGUGUACGGGUCAGUGACACCUGGGAUGAUCCUCACCAAGUUUUUGGACUCCAGUAUCGGAAUCGGGCGCUUUGCACAUGAACUGGUCCGUGGCAUAGAUUGCCCUCACCAAGCCACUUAUGUGACCAUGUACCGCUACAUCGAUGUCCCCAAACCCGUGAGGUUUAAGAAUUCCAUCUGCAUCUUUGAGCACAACUUUGGUCAGCCGCUACGCAGGCACUUCUCCGACUUUUUCAGUAACGGUUAUGGCGGCAUGGUCAACAGCGCCCUGGUGUUGAGGACCAUCACGGCAAUCGGGAACUACGACUACAUGUGGGAUUUCAUCUUCUACCAAAGUGGAUCAGUAGAAGCAAAGGUGCACGCCACAGGAUACAUCUCGUCUUCCUAUUUGGUAGAUGGAAGUCUGAAACACGGCCACCAGGUGGCGGAAAAGGUACUGGGGAACAUCCACACCCACUUCAUCAACUUCAAGGUGGAUCUGGACGUGUUGGGAGUGAAAAACGUGUUCCAGACCAAAGACAUGGAGUUUGUAAACGUGACGGUACCAUGGCUGCCAGGGCGCUACGCCAUGGUUCCUCAACUGGUGGAGAAGCAAUUGAAAUCAGAACAGGAGGCAGCUCUGCGUCAUGACGCCAAAACUCCUCGCUACCUCCACAUAGCCAGCAACAAAACCAACGCCUGGGGCCAUCAGCGUUCCUACAGACUCCAAGUACUCAGCUUCACUGGAGACCACCUCCCUGAGAGCCAAACAGAAGAAAGAGCCAUGUCCUGGGCCAGGUAUAAGGUCGCCAUCACUAAGCACAAGGAUUUGGAGCAGACCAGCAGCAGUUUGUAUAAUCAGAACAACAUGUGGAAGGCAGCGGUUGACUUCAGCUCGUACAUCCAAGACAACGAGAGCAUUGAGAAUGAGGAUCUGGUUGCUUGGGUCACCACCGGAUUCCUCCACAUUCCUCAUGCCGAGGACAUCCCCAAUACCGUGACUGUAGGGAACGGGGGCGGGGUUCUGCUGCGCCCCCAUAACUACUUUGACCAGGAUCCUUCCAUUCACUCUGCGGACGGGGUGUACAUCAAGCCGGGUGCUGAGGAAAGCUGUGAGAACAACAGGAUGGCUUGCGUGGCCCAAGAGUCCUGCAGUCCUCUCCUGGAACCUUUCACCUACAACGGCUUUGAGGGAGUCAUUAAGUUCCACGACUAGACUUCAUUCCUCCAAUCCUCAUACCUCUCUCUCUUUCUCUCUCUCUCUCUCUCUCUUUCUCUCGCCUCCUCUCUCUCGCUUUCCUUCACUCUGUGACAAGAUUUGUAUUACAUAAUAAAAGCUGUAUGGUGGGGACACAGCCUGGGGUUAUGAUAAAAUAAUAAAUAAAUGAAUCCUACAAUCAGUGAGAAUGAAGUGGAGCAUCAAUGUAUUGCCAUGUGCAUAUGUGUCGGGCAGGAAGACGGUUCACUCUGUGCAUUGCCUUCAGCACCUUGGAUCCAUAGAACAAGGGCAUGAACGGGGUGAGCCCUUUUGUCAGUCAUACAGUCACUUUG